GAGAGAGUGGGGUUGGUGAUGGGGGUUGUGAGUGUGGUGUUGUUGGUUGGGGUUGGGAGUGGGAGCAGCACAGGAGCGGUAUUUGUGUUUGGAGACGAUUUGUUGGAUAGUGGAAACAACAACUACAUUCCUUCAAUGGCGAAGUCCAACUUCCCUCCUUAUGGUCUCGACUUCCCCCAAGGCCCCACAGGUCGAUUCUCCAAUGGAAAGACUCCCCCCACCGACCUCCUACGAACAGCGGAGUUCGUAGGACUGCCUUAUCCUCCACCAUACACCGACCCGGCCACCGUUGGACCUAAGAUCCUACAAGGGCUUAACUAUGCAUCCGCAGCUGCCGGAAUUCUCGACCAGACCGGCCAGCACUAUAUUGCUAGAAUCCCCAUGAACAAACAGAUUGAAAAUUUUCGAGAGAGCAUCGGAAACAUGCUGGCCAUAGUGAACCAGAACACGACCACCCUCUCGGCCCAUCUCGCUAAGUCCGUGUUCAUCAUAGCCAUCGGAAGCAACGACUACAUGAACAACUACCUCCUGCCGGAGCUAUAUUCGUCGAGCGCACAGUUUACGCCGUUAGCCUUCAGCGACAUGCUAGUGCGGCAGCUCGCCCAACAGCUCAUGGUGGGUAUUUUGGCUCUGUUCUAUAUGGGAGCAAGGAAGCUGGUGGUGUCUUCGGUGGGGCCCCUAGGGUGCACCCCAAGCCAAGUGCACUCCAGUGGAGGGGCCCAAUGUGUGGAGAGGGUGAACGAAAUGGUCGUCCUUUUCAACUCUGCCCUCCGCACCCUCCUCAUCAACCUCAAUUCUCGCCUUCCCUCCGCAAAUUUUGUUUUUGUUGAUGUUUUUGGCAUCAUGUCUGACAUCCUCAUCAACCCCUACCUCUAUGGGUUCUCAGUGACACUGAAAAGUUGUUGUGAGGUCGGAGAAGGAAAGGGACAGAUCAGCUGUGUACCAUCGUCAAUUCCCUGUGCAAACCGGAAUUCUUACGCAUUUUGGGAUGGCUUCCACCCCACCGAGGCUCUUUACAGGGUAGUUGCAGAAAGGUCAUUUUUUGGACCCCAAUCUGAUGCCUACCCUAUGAAUAUCCAGCAGCUCACACUACAAUAGCUCUUGCUUCUUCUAGUUCACUAU